AUGUUAACGCUAUUUUUACUAUGUAAUAGUGGCGAGGUUAGCUGUUACAGUUUCUUUGAUUUUAUGUCAGUAAAAGCUAAUGAAUUUGUUAGUAAGAUUAAAAACGCUUUCGAGGAUUUAAGAAACAAAGUCAAAAUAUUUAUUUUUCCUGAGCUUGAAGAAGAUAAAUUUUUAGAACGAAGGAGCUACGAUUUUAAUGGAAAAUCUAAUAAAGUGUUUUGCGAUUUUGUAGAACAAGAAGCCGCUAAUAUUGAUUCAGAUUCCUCGGAGUAUAUAAAUCUAAGGUCUGAACCUACAGCGCUCAUGUCUACUCCCCAGUUAGCUGCAUAUCAUGGUAAAAGGUUUGAAUCACAUAUAGUUUUAACAAAAGAUGGUUAUCUACUCACAAUACAUCGUUUAAGACGACCAUUUAUAGUAAAUGCGGAUGAAAGAAAUGAAGUAUUAAAUGACACCAUUUUGCUACAUCAUGGAUUACUCGGUAGUUCAGCUGAUUGGAUCUUAAUUGGACCAGAGAAAUCACUUCCAUAUAUACUGUCAAAAGCAGGAUAUGACGUGUGGUUAGCUAACGCUAGAGGAAACUAUUACUCGAGAGGACACAUUUCGAAGAGAAUGGACUCUUUGGACUAUUGGCAAUUUUCAUUUCAAGAAAUUGGACAAUAUGAUUUACCAGCCGUUGUAGAUUAUAUUAUUGCACUUAAAAAUAGCACUGACAAAAUAACUUUUAUUGGGCAUUCGAUGGGGGCAACAGCUUUCCUGGCCAUGUUGUCUUCUUUACCAAAUUAUAAUAACAACUUCAGAAUGGCAGUGUUUUUAGCACCACUUGUAUAUAUGACUAACACAAAAGGCCCUUUUAAAAUAAUAACAACAAUGGCUAAACAUCCACCAAAACAUUUGUUAAGACUGCUAGGGGAAGGGGAGUUUGUUCCUGGAAGAAAAAUACCGAACUGGAUAGCAAAUAAAUAUUGUAAAGGGCUAGAUAUAUAUUGCCAAAACCCCUUGCUAUUCCUUAGUAGUAGUAUACCAGAAGAAAACUUAUGGGACAAGAGUUUGAUGGCUAGGGUGCUCUACCAUAUACCAGCUGGUGGAUCAACAAAUACAGUUUUACAUUUUGCUCAAAUGGCUAAAAGUGGAAAAUUUCAUAAGUAUGAUAAUGAAAACGAUGAGUUUUCUUUACGUCAUGUUAAAGUGCCAAUUGUAAUGUUUAGUUCAAGUGGCGAUUUACUUGCUACUAUUCCUGAUGUAUUACGACUAUAUUUCAGUAUAACAAAUCCAAUUGAUAAUUAUGUUAUUCGUGAAAAACAGUUUACUCAUAUAGAUUUUUUGGUAAACUCUGACGUCAAUACUUUAGUUUAUGAAAAAGUAAUUGCUUUCUUAAAAGGUACGGUUGAAUAUAACAUAUCAAAUUUUAUUGAAAAUAAU